AUGAAAUCAAACUCUUCAUUUCUUAUGUUUCCAUUGUUAAUUUUACUCAUCUUUUCGAUUCCAAAAUCGAGUUUUGCUCAUUCGGGCGAUGGUUUCACAGCCGAGCUCAUCCACCGUGACUCUCCUCUCUCGCCAUUCUACAACCCUUCCACCACUCAAUACGAUCGCCUAUCGGCUGCCCUUAACCGAACAAUAUCGCGACAAAUCUUCUUGAAGGAGUCAUUUGCAAACAAACGUUCCAUGCGGACUCAUGUUCUAGGUUAUGGUUUAGAGUUCCUCAUGAAGGUUGAAAUGGGAACUCCCCCGGUUACCCUCUUCCUAGUAGUGGACACCGGAAGUAGUAUCAAUUGGGCAAAAUGCAUCCCUUGUACCAAAUGUUCUAACAAAGAUCGCCAUAUCUAUAACCCUAAAAUGUCACGCACUUAUCGACAAAUUUCUUGCAAAUCACCGGCAUGCCGUUCUCUAGAUAAUGACAAAGCAUUGCCAUGUGGAAUAAGCACAAAUGGAAGUGUAGUUGAUAAAUCAUGCCCUUAUUUUCUUGUUUAUGGAGAUGGAUCUUCAAGUAAAGGAAGUCUUGCCAUUGAGACUAUAGGUCUUGGAUCGAAUAUCGUAGAUGGAAUUGUUUUCGGUUGCUCGCAUGAGCUCGAUGGAUAUUUUCCGGGGUCAGGGUUAGUCGGUCUAGGAAUCGGAAACCUCUCAUUAGUCAAGCAAUUGGGAAAGUCUAUCGGAUCUAGGUUCUCUUAUUGCUUGUCCACGGGCUUGAGAGGCACAAUUAGCUUCGGUGAGAAAUCAAUCCCGACCUCAAACCCUAUGAUUGUCUCAACCCCAAUGGUGAUUGACUACCCCGACACGGUCUAUUACCUCACCUUAAAAGGUUUCACAAGCGCAAAUGGAUCGUGGAUUCAAUUUGACAAAGACGUUAAAGAAGGUAACAUUAUAAUUGAUUCGGGUUCUCCUUACACCAUGUUGCCAAGUUUCAUUUACCAAGAAUUAGAACAAACUUAUAAGCAAAAAAUUCGGGCAAAGCGUGUUGAUGAUCCAAAAAAGAUUUCUAAUUUGUGUUUUAAGACUAAUAGUGUUAGCAAAUUCCCAUCGAUCACUGCCCACUUCGACGGAGGUGCCAACGUGGUAUUACUACCGACGAAUACAUUUGUCUCGACUGCUAAAGGAGUCUUCUGCCUUAACAUAGUUACUACUCAAUUUUCUCCUCCAGUUUGGGGUCAUCUUUGGCAACAAAAUAUGUUGGUUGGUUAUGAUCUUGAGAAAAAAAUAAUUUACUUCAAGCCAGGAUGUUCCAAUUAA